AUGGCGGCGGCGGCGGCGGCGGAGGAGAGGAUGGCUGAGGAAGGCGGCGGCGGCUACGGCGACAGCGGCCCCGCUUCGGCCAUCGGCUCUGCCCAGCGGCUGCCCCCCCCGCCCGCGCCGCAGCCCCCGCAGCCGGGCCCCCAGGCGCCCCCGGCCCCGGCGCCGGCCCCGGACCAGCUGCCUCCAAACAACACGCUGGUGGCGCUGCCCAUCGUAGCCAUCGAGAACAUCCUCAGCUUCAUGUCCUACGACGAGAUCAGCCAGCUCCGCCUGGUUUGUAAAAGAAUGGACUUGGUCUGCCAGAGAAUGUUGAAUCAGGGAUUUCUAAAAGUGGAGAGGUACCAUAAUCUAUGUCAGAAACAAGUCAAAGCACAACUCCCAAGGAGAGAGUCGGAAAGGAGAAACCAUUCAUUAGCUCGUCAUGCAGACAUCCUUGCAGCCGUGGAAACAAGGCUUUCACUGUUAAAUAUGACUUUCAUGAAGUAUGUGGAUUCCAAUCUCUGUUGCUUCAUCCCAGGAAAGGUUAUUGAUGAGAUUUACCGCGUGUUGAGAUAUGUCAACUCCACCAGAGCCCCUCAGCGAGCUCAUGAGGUGCUCCAGGAGCUGAGGGACAUUUCCUCCAUGGCCAUGGAGUACUUCGACGAAAAGAUUGUUCCAAUUCUAAAGAGGAAACUCCCAGGAUCAGAUGUGUCUGGAAGACUCAUGGGCUCGCCUCCAGUCCCAGGACCUUCUGCAGCCCUGACGACAAUGCAGCUGCUCUCCAAGCAGAACCCCUCCAGACAAGAGGUCACCAAACUCCAGCAGCAGGUUAAGACCAACGGUGCCGGCGUGACCGUCCUCAGGCGGGAAAUCUCUGAGCUCCGCACCAAAGUGCAAGAGCAGCAGAAACAGCUGCAGGACCAGGACCAGAAACUGCUGGAGCAGACCCAGAUCAUAGGCGAACAGAACGCGCGGCUGGCCGAGCUGGAGCGCAAACUGCGGGAAGUCAUGGAAAGCGCUGUAGGCAGCCCCUCAGGGUCUGGGCAGGGCGAGGUCUCUCCCCGGAAACGGAAAAAGGCAGCGGAAGCCAUAGACUCUCUUCGGAAGUCCAAGCGUCUCCGGAGCAGGAAGUGA